AUGAUUGUCUACUUAUUGAUACUAGUGGGUACGCUAUGGUUUGUCUUCUUUCAAAUAAAGAGGAGGCGGAUGAAGAAAUUGGCCUCCCUUAUACCGGGGCCAAAAGAAGAAUUACCACUUAUCGGCGUGGCCCAUUAUUUUCUAGGCAAUACUGAGGAUAUUAUGAAGAGUUUACAGUAUUUCAGCUAUUCUACUAUGAAUCAGGGUGGAAUAAUGCGAGGAUGGCUUGGCCACAUUUUAUAUUUCUUGCUCAUUGAUCCGGUGGAUUUAGAAAUGGUAUUAAAAACGUGUAUGGAAAAGGAUGAUCUGCACAGGUUCAUUCGAAAUGUUAUUGGCAAUGGCGGGAUUUUCGCUCCAGUAUCUAUAUGGCGAAGGCGAAGAAAAAUCUUGUUACCAGCGUUUAGCCCAAAGAUAGUGGAGACGUUUGUCGAAGUAUUUUCAGAGCAGGCAGAAAAACUGGGAAACGUUUUAUCAAACGCAGCUGGCAAAGGGCAAUUUAGCUUGUGGCCCUAUUUAUCAUCGUAUACUCUUGAUUCAGUUUGUGAAACCGCUAUGGGUGUAAAAAUGGGAGCUCAGGAAAAUCCGGAUUCACCAUUCCUUUCGCGUAUGAACACACUCCUAAACGUGGUCUGUGAGAGGAUUUUCCAUCUCUGGCUGCAGCCGGACUGGGUUUUCAAUCUUUUUCCUCAAUCCACAGUGCAGAAAGAUUGCAUAGAUGUGCUGUACGGAUUUACUGAUGAAGUAAUUCAAAAGAAACGAAUAGAAUUGAGAGACGAAAAAAAUUCAAAACCAGAAGCUGAUACACAUUACCUUUUGGACGAUUACAGACGAAAGAGUUUCUUGGAUCUACUAAUAUCGUUGUCUGGAGGAGAAAGAGGUUACAGUAAUGUGGAGCUCCGUGAGGAAGUUCUUACCCUAACGGUAGCUGGUACAGAUACUUCAGCAGUAGCAAUAGGCAACACGCUUAAACUCCUGGCCAAGUAUCCCAAAAUACAAGAAAAGUUGUAUGACGAGGUCAAGGAAGUAUUCGGUGAUUCCGACAGACCUUUAGUCAAGGAAGAUUUGAAUAAAUUAAAGUUUUUAGAACGAGUCGUGAAAGAGUCACUAAGGUUGUUCCCACCGGUGCCUUUUAUCAUAAGAAAAGUCCUGACGGAUACGAAAUUGCCGUCAGGAAAUAUCUUGCCAGGUGGUUCAGGCGUGGUAGUAUCAAUUUGGGGACUUCACAGAGACCCUAAAUAUUGGGGGCCUGAUGCUGAGAAUUUCGACCCAGAUCGAUUUUUACCUGAACGAUAUAGUAUUCAAAACUCCUGUAGUUUCAUGCCUUUUAGUAGUGGACCGAGAAACUGUUUAGGAUAUCAGUACGCGUUGAUGUCAAUUAAAACAGCUAUAACCGGUGUGGUGAGAAAAUACCGGAUUAUUGGUGAGGAGGAAACCAGCCCUGCACCAAGUAUGAGAGUGAAACUCGAUAUCAUGAUGAAGGCUGUUGAUGGGUACCAAAUGGGAUUGGAAAAACGUUGA